UUUAUGCUGUGCUAGAGAAACAUUUCUGUCAAUGUCAAAGUCACUGCAAAUUUUUAGUCACUGAAAAGCAAGAUUAACAUUUUGCUUUAUUUGAAAAAGGUGUUUAAUAACAUUCAUAAUGAAUUCCUCUAUUGCACGCAUUCAGAUUAAACAGUCUAUACUGUUGAGAAAUGCAUUAAAUGUUCCCCGGCGUUGUAUGGCUGCGAAGACCGAGGAUGUUGUCACACACACAGGCCAAAAAUGGCAAUCAGAUGACUACAGAUUGGCACGAUUCAUGAAUGCUCCUAAACAAGUCAACAAAAAUUGGGCAGUUAAAUUGAUUGCGGAUGUACCCCCAAGAGAAGUUACUGAAAGAAUUGUCUGGUGUGAUGGUGGCAGUGGACCUGAAGGACACCCUCGUGUCUACAUCAAUUUGGACAAACCAGGUGAUCAUUCAUGUGGAUAUUGUGGACUUCGUUAUACUAAAAAGGAUUGUCACUAAACAAUAAAAGUUACAAUAGAGAAAGUUUUAUUGUCAUGAAUACACAAUCUUAGUGUGUCUGAACAUAAUUAUGAUUGUUAUUAAAUUUUGUUGAUAGUAAAUAAAAGAAUAGUGCAUAAA